AAAAAAAAAAAAAAAAAAAAAAGCCUCCUCGAGCUCUCUCUUCUACGUCGCCGCAUCCACAAUCCCGUUCCUCGUCCUCGUCCUCGUCCUCGUCUUCAAGCUCAGAUUUUGAUCAUUGUGUCCUGUGACGCUACCUACCAUUUUCCCUGGUUUAUGAAGCUGCAAUGGAUACCGAAGAUCUCCUAAAACUGGUGACAGUUCCAGAAAUUCUCCCUUCCAUGACCUGCUCACAAUCAGGACCAGGUCUCUCGCUCUCUCUCGUGCAUGCGUGCGUGUGCGGGCACGUGCGUGUGUGUGAGUGUGGUAGUUUUCUCAUUCUUGUGCGAUGAAGACAUUAAAGCACUCUUCUUUCAGCCCGACAACGAAACAUUUACCAUUUUGUGACUAGACAUUGGAGCUAAAGCUAAGGGAAGACUACGACGAUGAUGUUGCUUGCUACUACGUUACUUCUGUUCAUCUACGAGUUUUCAUGUUCUGCUCCACCAGUUGGCAUAAAGCCCUCAAAGCUCCCACAUCUCAGGAAAAAUAGAAAGGCUUGCUCGCAAAUGGCAGAUGACUUUGCACACCUGCCACCAUGCAAGGGGGAGCUGAUCACGGUGCUGAGCAUCGACGGCGGUGGCGUGCGAGGCAUCAUUCCAGGAGUCAUCCUUGAGUUCCUUGAAUCAAGACUCCAGGACUAUGAUGGUAAGGAUGCGCGGAUUGCGGACUACUUUGAUGUCAUUGCUGGGACAAGCACUGGUGGGCUCUUAACCGCAAUGCUCACCGCUCCAGCUCCAGACAACGUCAAGAGACCACUCUUCGAGGCCAAGGACAUUGUUCAAUUUUACUUGCGCCAUUGCCCUUAUAUGUUUCCUCAGAGGAGGAGCGGGAUAUUUAGUUACUUUGCAAAGACUCGCGAUAUGCUCGGCAUAAUCAAGGGGCCAAAAUAUGAUGGCAAGUAUCUGCACAAACUUGUUAACGAUGUCCUUGGUGGGACAAAGUUGGAUCAGACACUGACAAAUGUUGUGAUCCCUGCUUUCGAUAUUAAGCUUCUCCAACCCACCAUCUUCUCCACAUUCAAGGCAAAAGCUCAUUGCGUAAAAAAUCCUCGUUUAGCAGAUGUAUGUAUAAGCACAUCUGCAGCUCCAACAUAUUUACCAGCUCACUAUUUUGAGACAAAGGAUGAUGAAGGAUCAUCUCAAAGCUUUCAUCUUGUUGAUGGGGGUGUUGCUGCAAACAAUCCGACACUGGUGGCCAUGGGCCAAGUUACAAAAGAGGUAGACAGGAAAAAUAAAGAGUUCCCAGCUGAGAUGAAGCCGCUGGACUAUCGAAAAUAUUUGGUGAUCUCGAUCGGGACAGGGGCACCGCUACAGGAGGGGAAGUUCGAUGCGCGGAAGGCGUCCAAAUGGGGCGCCUUCGGGUGGCUGGUCGGCGAAGGGACGACACCUCUCAUUGAUAUCUUCUUCCAAGCCAGCUCUGACAUGGUCGACAUUCAUGCCGCCUGCCUCUUUGAAGCCAUCCAAUGCUCUGACAAGUAUCUGCAUAUACAGGAGGAUAACUUGGUGGGCGACGUAGCAUCGAUGGACGUUACAACCGAGAAGAACCUGGGAGAUCUGGUUCAAGCAGGAAAAGCGCUUCUGAAGAAGCAGAUCCACGUGCUCGACAUCGAGAGCGGCAAGCUGAAGCCGCAUGAGACGGUGGGCAAGGACGUCACCAACGAAGUCGCCCUCGACAACUUUGCAAAGUUGCUCUCUGAGGAGAGGAAGCGCAGGCUUAAGAACUAGCAACAGUAACAUCAUUAUGAUGAACUCGGGAAAAAGUCAGCAGCGAAGCUGACGUGAUCGCCGUAGGUUAUGCGCAUAAUCCGGUGUGUGUGUGCGUGUGUAUUUGUGCGUGUGUCUGAACUUAUGGUUUGUUGCUUCAAGUUAUGUGCAUGAUAAUGUGUGCGUGCGCUUGCUCCCGCGAACUGUGUUUUUUUUGGCAAUUGGUUUGUAACAAGAGUCGUUCGAUAUUUGAAUGGAGUCUCAAGAGAGAUUUACUCAGUUUUCUUAU